ACACACCGUUGAAAUGUUAUUUGUUGGCGGAAAUUCAAUAAAAGAAAAAAGAAAAAGAUUCCUUCUCAAGCUUAUGUAUUCACUGCUUGAGAGCGCAAUUAUUUAGAUUAUGAUAAGGCUUGAAGGCUGGAUGCGAUUGAGUUCAUUGACAGAUUAGUGAAUGAAAUGUAGCUAUGGAAAUGAAUAAGAAACAAUUAAUACGUUAAUUAAAUUACGUUUAGAUUGCAUUCACUUCAAUGUGUUGAUAUGAAGGAAAAUAAAUAUCUGGAAUAAAGCAGCUUUCUCUUUACAUUUUGUCCGCAUUUUCUCAUUUAUGUUCUAUUGAAUGAUUUGAAGAUGAAAGUCACACAAGUGUGUUGAUCGAGUCUCCGAUAUUGAAAUAUCUUAUGAUCUUCAAUGUAGUUUAAUAAUUUCUCUCAAUGAGAGAAAUUACAAUGAUUCGAAAAGUUUCAUUUAUCUUGUAACAUUCGAAGCACAUCCUUCGAUACAGAAAAUGGUGGAAAAGAUCCCACUGCGGAAGACCAUUGCUCGAUUGGAUUUUCCAGCGAUUAUAGCUUUUGGCAAUCCUCUCCUGGACAUUCUUGUAAUAGUGAAGAAUGAAGACUUGCUUAAAAAGUACAAUCUCAAAAUCGAUGGCGAGAUGGAGCUAUGUGAGGAAAAAAUGCAGGAGUUGAUUGCAGAUUUACCACCAGAAACAGAGCAAUGUACAAGUCCAGGAGGAUCUGCACAGAAUACCUUAAGGAUUUUGCAAUGGUUGUGUGAUGAGACUCAUGAAUCUCAAAUUGGUACUUUUUAUGGUGGUAUUGGAAAUGAUCAAAAGGGUUCAAUUUUAGAAAAACUAGUUCGAAUUACAGGAGUGGAUGUAAGAUAUGCUGUACAUCCAACUCUAUCUACUGGAUUAUGCGUUUCAUUAGUAUACGAGUCAUCUCGCAGUCUUGUUGCAAAUCUUGGUGCAGCCAAUGUAUAUACAUUGGAUGAUUUAAAAAAGGCCAAUCUACAGUUAGAUAGCAUGAAGAUAAUUUAUAUUGAAGGAUUUUUCAUAACGCAUAGCUUGGAUGUGGCUAAGGAACUGGUCAAGCAAGCGCAGGAGAAAAAUAUUAUCAUAGCGUUCAAUCUUAGUGGCUUAUAUAUAUUCCAAGAUCAUCAAGCGGCCAUUUGCGAAAUGGUCGGUCAUGCCAAGAUCGUGUUCGGCAACGCUAGGGAAAUGAUUGCUCUCGCGCAAGCAUUGAAUGUAAAGUACGACGAUGUCACCGAUAUACCCUUCUUGCUGAACAGUUUAAAGAGGAUCACGGUGGAUGUUUCUAGCGGCAACAGCAAGGAUUGGUUGGCCGACGACGGUAUAUUCAUCAUGACUCGUGGUGGAUCUGCACCAGCGAUCAUUGUAUGGGGCAAAGGACAGUCCGUUCAGAUACCACCCAUCGUACCGAAAGCGCCUAUCGUGGACACUACUGGUGCCGGGGAUGCUCUGGUUGCUGGCUUUCUGGCCGGCGUCUUGGCUCACUGGGACCCGAAGAAUUGCUUAGAAUUGGGAUGCAAGGUCGCAUCUUAUAUGAUAACUAGACUAGGCGUCACGUUACCUAGCAGUAUACCUCACGAUUUGCUGCCAUAACGUUUCGAUCUCUUUAGAAGACUAAUCAUUGUUACCUGACGUAAUAUGCAUGUAAGUUGCAUAGUUAUUUAUUGCCUCAGAGUUAUAUAUAUAUAUAUAUAUAUAUUAUAUAUAUAUAUUAGCGAAUUAUUGAUCGAUAAUUAGCUUUAUUCGUCGAUGUUACGUCCAUGUGUUCCAUUAGAUAUUUAUUUCAACGGUCCAUGUGUCCAUGUACUUAUAUACGACACGCGCACGUGUUGCAUUGUAAAAUGCAAGACCCAAUGUUUUAUUUAUUAAAGAUUACUGUCGUGUUACUCGUGUCAAUCUGCAUUUCAAAAAAUGCAAUAUUUUUAGUAAUAAUAAUCAGUAAGAUAUAGAGAGAUAUUAGAGAUUUAUCUGGAUCAUCGUUGCCAUUAUAGAUUUGUAGUUUAUCUACCUGAUGUUGCAGUAUUGUGAAGAAAUUUGUGUAACAGGAGUUUGUAAUUAAGAAUUAUAUAAUUUAUCUUUCUA